AUGCCGCCCGAAGAGUACCAGCCGCCCAGCAGUGACAACUUUGAGAUGGAGUCGCAGUUCAUUCUCCGACUGCCACAUCUGCCGGCCGCCUCGCUGAAGGCCGCCGUCAAGUCAGGCGUCCAAAAUCUGAAAGACCGCCUCAGCAUUCAGCUAGAGCCGGACAUUCGCAACGGGAAGGUCCGCUUUGACGGGUGGGUGCUGCCGGCGAAGAUCGUCGACCUGCCGACUAUAAUCGAGUCGCACAAGACGCUGGACAGCAAGAACUUCUACAAGACGGCCGACAUCUGUCAGAUGAUGGUGUGCAAGGAGGAGGAGGAUGACAAUGAGCCGCCGCCCGAUGAGGCGGAGGAGAUUAAGAAGACUAAGGAUGGUCUGUGCAAAGACAAGCGGUACCUCUAUCCGCACGGCAUCACUAAGCCACUAAAAAAUGUCCGCAAGAAGCGGUUCAGGAAGAUGCUCCGCAAGAAGUACGUCGACUUUCCGGAGAUUGAGAAGGAGGUGAAGCGGCUGCUGCGGACGGACAACGAGGCCAAGUACGUUCGCUAUGAGAUCGUCAACGUCGAGGAUGAGAAGACGCUGAUGAACCAGAGCGACAGCAAAGACGGUCACGGUCACGGUCACCACCACCAUCAUCACCUUAACGCCAGUUCCAGCUCUGGGGUGAUGAACUCCGAGUACGACGAAGGCGACCUCUUCGGCGGCGGCAUCAGCGACAGCGACGACGAUGACGACGACGACUUCCUCCUUCGCGGGCCGGUGGACACCGACGAGGGCAGUCGACUGUCGGCUACCGGCGACGCCAGCUCCACCGGCUACACCGGCAAGGACUACCUGAAGGACGACGUGGACAGCAGCCGGCAGAACAGCUUCUCCUUUGAGCGCAUUCUCAGCCACCAGCAACAGCCCUCAACUUCAACUUCCUCAAAUUUGGCGAACUUUUCCAGCUCACUGGCGGCCGACCAGUCGGACAGUCUGAUGGAGAGCGAGGGCGUCGAGGCGGCUUCCGGCCUGGAGGCGGGCGUCGAGAAUGAGUCCAUCCGGGCGAUGGUGGACGACCUGGAGCGGGAGAUUCUGCUGCUGCAGCGGCAGCGGCUGCAGCAGCAGCUGGAGCUGGACGGCAUCGAGAACAUUGCGCUGAAGCAGCGCUUCCAGGCGAUCAUCGACGACCUGCAGGCGCAGGAGCAGGCGAAGGCGGAGGAGCUCA